UAUAAUUCAAGGGCCCUGGCAACACUAUUAUUUUAGUGAAUAAUAAAUUAUUUUUAUGUUUAAUUCUGCCGGCUUUGAGCUGCAUAUAAAUUCGUGACCUUUGUGCUUUGCCUUUAUUUAUUCAAAUAAGAAAUCCGGUCGACAAUCAAAUUUGAAACCUGUUUUAAAAAGGGUUUCGUAGUUAUAAGUAACCUACUCACAAAUAUGGAGAUAGAAAUUCUGAGUGCGUCUGGUUCAAAACCGAUUGGAAAAAUUCGCGUAAAUGAAGACGCUACAAUCAAGAACGUGAAAGACAAAAUUCAUCAAAGUCUUAAAACUUCUUUAUAUCCGGAUAGACAAUCCAUAAAACAAGAAGCAAAAGGUAGAUCGCUAAAAGACGAAACCACUCUGAAGUCUUUAAACAUUGAUGAUGGUGCAAAACUGUACUUACAAGAUCUUGGACCUCAGAUUUCCUGGAAGAAUGUGUUCUUGGCAGAAUACGCUGGACCUCUAUUUGUUUACCUGUGGGUGUACCAAAGGCCCUGGAUAUUGUAUGGAAAUGUAACAUCAUCUCCAGGGACUGUAGCAAGUUUGGCAGCAGCAUGCUGGUCAGUUCACUAUGGCAAACGUCUGCUUGAAACCAUGUUUGUGCACCGUUUCUCCCAUGGCACCAUGCCACUAAGAAACCUCUUCAAGAACUGUGCAUACUAUUGGCUGUUCACACUGUACAUUGCGUACCAUAUUAAUCAUCCACUCUUCACAGAGCCAUGCAGUCUUUGUGUGUAUGUGGGCUUAGCAGGAUUUGCGAUAUGUGAGCUGGGCAAUUUCAGCAUCCACAUUUUGUUGAAGAACCUGCGACCCCCUGGCACUAAAGUGAGGCGCAUUCCAGUGCCCGAUGGCAACCCUUUCUCUCAGCUCUUCAACUUUGUCUCCUGCCCCAACUAUACUUACGAGUUCGGCUCGUGGUUCUUCUUCACUGUAAUGACGAAAUGUAUUCCUGCUGGAAUAUUUGCUGUGGUUGGACUGUACCAAAUGUCAGUGUGGGCGCUCGGCAAACAUCGCAACUACAAGAAGGAGUUCCCUGACUACCCCAAAGGUCGGAAAGCUAUUCUGCCAUUCAUUCUUUAAAGUCUUAAUAAUAUUUACUGAAAUCCUACCAGUAGAAUUGGUACUAGGUACCAAUAUAAUGCCAAUGUAGUUUCAAAAUGUAAUGUAAAAAUCCUCAGGCACACAACUUUUUUCACAAUAAUGCAUAUUUAUAUUUGGUUGGAUAUAUUUUAAGACUGGUGUAGGAAUAAAUGUUUAAGGAUUUAGCUUUAAAUUUUUGAUUAUAUGGUUUUAUACAUUUUUUCGUUGGGACUGAGUAAUUGAUUUAAUUCAAUAAUUUUUCUAUUGAUGCAAUAAAGAUGCAAUGUUUUUAUCUUAGGGGGUAAUAGGUCAUUAUUUUAUUUCGUUAUGUUAAUUAAACUUAGAAUAAAGGCAUUUAAUAAAUGAUAUAUAUUUUUUCUA